AUGGCCGCCAUCUUGGAUGCUAUGGGACCCUACGUGAUGGAGCUGAUAGCCAACAUGGCAACAGAAGAGGUGAAAAUGUUGCUGGGUAUAUCCGGCGAUAUUGAGAAGCUAGAGAACAACAUGGAAAGUAUCAAAUGCUUCCUUGCUGAUACUGAGAGGAAGCGCAUCACUGAAUUGAGUGUGCAAAGAUGGGUGCAGAAGCUCAAGAACGCCAUGUAUGAUGUCAUUGACAUCCUAGACCUAUGUCAAAUCGAAGCUGACAAGCAGAGCAAAUCGAAAGGUAGCAGCUUGGUUGAAAAGGCUCCGUGUUGCUGCCAGCCAUUGCUCUCCUGCCUACGAAAUCCUGUGUUCGCACACGAGAUAGGCAGCCGCAUCAAGGAGCUCAACCAGAGGCUGGACAACAUAUACAAAGAGGCGGACAAGUUCAACUUCGUCAUCAAUCUAGGCUCCCACCCGGACCAGAGGAUGUCCACUAGCGAGAAGAUGACAUCUGAGUUUGUUGAGUCAGCCAUUGUUGGUGAGAAGAUUGCGAUAGAGGCUCACAAGUUCAACUUCGUCAUCAAUCUAAGUUUGUUGAGUCAGCCAUUGUUGUUGAGCUUGGUUGAAAAUGGCCAUGAUUAG